AUGGUUUCUGAUCUUUCUCUUUGUCACUGCAAUAUUUGUCGCCAUUCGACUGGCUUGCUUUUCACGUCCUAUCUUCCGACCGAAAAACCGAGUUCUGUCGAAGGAUUGAGUGUCUUUGAAGCCCCUGAUGGCUCGUGCCGGUAUUUCUGCCCGACAUGUGGCUGCCAUGUAUAUCGAUCACACCAAGAUCAAGACGGCGAGUCGAGGUGGGGAGUGGCUACGGGUGUCAUUACAAGAAGCGAUGAUUCAAGCCUGAGAGUGAGUUAUGUGACGCACCAGAAAGUGGAAGAUACCAUCGAUGGAGGUGUUUCGAUAUGGCUUCCUCUUGAGGCGCAGCAGAAUCUCUCGAAGCACUCACAUUCGGGGUCAUUUACACCGAAACCGAAGCAUUUCGAUGCACUUUGUGCGUGCGAGGCUGUCCAUCUUCGCAUCACACGCCCAAACGAGGCCAGUUGUCUACCGCAUCGCGCAUACCCUGACCUAACAUACCCUUACUGCUCUACUGAUGAGUCUAUCACGUCGAACCCAUCAGACGAAAAGUGGUGGAUCAAAGGAGACAAAUAUCUCGCUGGAACCUGCGCUUGUGAAUCUUGUCGGCUGGCCUCUGGGUUCGAGAUACAGACCUGGGCCUUUGUCCCCCGAGCGAACAUUUUGAUCCUUUCGACAGAUGGCUCAGGAUCGGAGGUUCCAUUGGACUUUGAGAGGUUACCGACGGAUGCUCUGAAGGCAUAUCAAUCGUCGCAAGGUGCAGUUCGUCACUUUUGCGGUGGAUGCGGUGCAACUGUGUUUUGGCGAGAUGCUACUGAUUCAAGUGUAGUUGACGUGAGUGUAGGACUAUUUCGAGCUGAUGAAGGAGCUAGAGCCGAGAAAUGGCUUCAUUGGCACAAGGGCCGCAUAAGUUUCGCUGAAGAAGUGCAGACUCAUCGAUCUGGUCCCCUGGCUAUAGCAGCUCAGGGUUUAUUGGGUACUCUUGCGAUGGGCCUGAAGGGAAGCUCCAAAGGUGGAUUAGACUAA